CUACGCUGGUGUGCUCGGAACACGUGGAAGACAAAGUCGCCCAUCCGUACCCCGGGGUGGCUGCACCGUCUCAUCAUUUCAGCUUCCGUCCGGAAAGCCGACAGGGAUGGAUCAGCAUCACUCGCAAAGGAAUUUGGGUCGAAAUGAAGCUUGACUUCCCAGCGACUGGGCGAUCUUGUUUCAGAUGCCGCCCAUAACCCUUCGCAGGAGCACGAAGGCUACCCGGGCCACGAGUACGAGUAUCGAGUUGCUGGCACGCAAACACCGCACCCGAGUAACAAAGAUCUUAGAAAGGCGGAAGCUUCGACGAACACGGAGCCAUGGCCAAGUGAUUUGGAAAAGGACAAAGGCUCGUUCUUCCUGGACCGGAUAGUCCUCUGGACGCUGGCCUUCGUUGUCGUGUUCGCCAUGAUUGUCUGUGUUGUGGCCAUCUACGCCACGCGGAUAAGCACGGACUCGACGACGAUAGUCGAGCCUACGCCCUCCGAAACGGAGGACCUGCUGGACGAGAUGGCCAACGCGAAAGAGGUCUUGAGGGACGUGUUCAUAAGCACCACCCCGGGGACCAUGACAUCUCCCAUUUUGGCGGAGACGGAUGGCGACUAUGAAAUCACUACGACAAAGGAUAAUACAGAAUCACCCCCGACCACCACCUUCGACUAUUCAACGAAGGUUGAGCGACACCCGGAUGGCUCCAGCGAUACAAUCGUCUAAGUGGCGGCAAUGGCACAGGAUAUUGAGGGCAGGUGGCUCCGUGAAAGACUGUCAAGGAGAAGUACCACCUAGGUGUGUUCAAGAGGACAUAACAAAAAAAGAACACCUGCAGCAUGACAUAAUCUGCCUACUGCUUCCAUGCACUGUCUGGCUAUUAGCAACAUAUGUGCCAACAUAACAACCAGCAUUUAUCAUUAUGAAUGAGAGAGGGACUUGAUGACGCAUUAGUUUGAAAGAAAAGAUUACGCGUAACCUAGAUGUCGGUUGCUUCGCAUAUUGUAACUAGUGACAAUUUCAUGCGCAUAUGAUGCGACUGUUAAGUAGAUAGAUAAAGGAGUUCUUGAACCACAAAGGGUGCCUAUAGUUUAGGCAUAAAAAUAUGAAAAAUUUUGAUGUAACGACGACUCGACCGUUUUACGGAGCUAAGCACAGAUCCGUUAAUGGUACGAUUGGAAAUAUAAGAAUAAAGCUUUGCCUUCAAGAUUAUUUUAAGAAUGUGAGAGCUCCAGGGAAGCAGUUUCGCGCAUACUUACAGGUUCAGUAAAUGACAUGACUAUGCAACCUAAUCGUAAACUCGCCUUUUUCUGUUUUCGGUACAUUUGAAAAAAUAAAGGAAAUACUAGUACCAUGUGC